CCAAAGGAGGUGUCCUGUGUUGGGGAGAAGGAGAGAUUUAAAUAAAAAGAGGAGAGCACUCAGGUGGCUCCGUACAAGGGCGAGAGUGGUGCGUCACGUAGUAUCUAACAAUAACUUUGACUGUUUGUAGCCAGUCAAAUGUCCGAUCAGUUAUUCGAUAUUAAAUCUAAGGUUUGAGAAGUUAACCUUAAGUUUUCGAAACUGCCCCGGUGUUGGCCCUCGUCAGCCCCACCGGGCCCUCUCUCCCCCAGCUAACGUUAGGCGACUGAGUCGAAGAAAGAUGGUGUCCUGGAUGAUCUCCAGAGCUGUCGUGCUCGUCUUUGGAACGAUGUACCCAGCUUACUACUCCUACAAAGCUGUAAAAACCAAGAAUGUCAAAGAAUAUGUUCGCUGGAUGAUGUAUUGGAUUGUCUUUGCACUUUAUACAGUGGUGGAAACCUUCACAGACCUCACGGUCGCCUGGUUUCCCCUCUAUUAUGAAAUAAAGAUUGCCUUUGUGAUCUGGUUGCUGUCACCCUACACCAGAGGUGCCAGUCUUAUCUACAGAAAAUGCCUGCACCCUCUUCUGUCUUCAAAAGAAAGGGAAAUUGAUGACUACAUUGUCCAAGCCAAAGAGCGCAGCUAUGAGACCAUGGUGAACUUCGGCAAGCAGGGCCUAAGUAUAGCUGCAACCGCAGCUGUCUCUGCAGCUGUCAAGGGACAAGGAGCCAUUACUGAGCGCCUGAGGAGUUUCAGUAUGCAUGAUCUGUCACAGAUCGACAACAGCGAUCCUCCCAGCCAGCUGUAUCCAGGGUAUUCAAAUCCUGGCAGGAAAACCAAAACGCCCAGCACAGAGGAUGAUGAGUAUUACCCAUAUGAGCAAGAGGAAAAGACUGAUGAAGAAGUUGAAGCCACUUUUUCAGAGGAUGAGGCUGUUACACAGCGCGGUCUGAGAAGGUCCCAAAGUGUGAAAAUAUCCCGAUCGAAAGUGCGUCGAGAGGUCCGCUAUGGAUCUCUGAAGAUUAAAGCGAAAAGACGACCACAGCUGAACUCCGUUAACUAUGCACUAUGAGAGUUCCAAAACUGCCCAAACUGGACUACUGAUUUCAAGAUGUUCCAUGAAAAGGAAAUGGUUUGUAAAUAUUCUCGUAAUCUGAAAUGGUUGUGGGUCCUAUUU